AUGAAACUUUGUUGCCUGUGUUUGUUUCUCCUUCGCUCUAUUGCAAAUGUCCUCCCCUCUCUGUCUGCCGGCUAUGAUAAGCAAUACCUAAACUGCAGUAAAACAUUUUGGUGCUCAGGAAUAGAUGACAAUGACAUAGGAUAUCCAUUCUGGGGUCUCCACCGGCCAGAGUACUGCGGCCACCCUGCAUUUGAACUAGAAUGCAAAACCGAUGGCCCUGAGAUCUCAAUCAUGUCACAACGUUACCAGAUUUUUGGAAUCAACAACAUGACAGACUCUCAAAGUUGCCUUAGCAGAUUUGUGGAACAAUACUUGUCCAGCAGGCAUUGUCGUCAAUACUACUCUGGAUCGCCAUGUGGAUGCCCUUCAAUUCCAGAGCUUUCUUUCCAGUCAAUUGAUUGCGCAGUAAAUGGAAAUGACACAGGCAACUUCAGCUACUACGAUGUGGCAAGGAACCUAACAUCAGCAGGCAGUCGUUUGGGCAUGUGGAACAGCCACGUCAACGUUCCUGCAGAUCAAACGGCAUUGUUAAAUCUACAAAACAAUCCAAUCAGUCUGGCUGCGGUUUUACAAGGGCAGUGCGGGUAUAAUCUGAGUUCAACAGGAUUUUCAUGCUAUUGCCCUGAUCAGCCUUAUUUAUCUAAAUGUCCAAGGGUUCGGAUAAAACCAGGUCAACCAGCACAGUUUCUUGCUUAG